CUACCGGCCCAAAUCAAAUCAUCGCACCCGUUGCCGAUCUCACCACCCCAAAUCAACGCACCCGUUGCCGAUCUUCCUCCGCCAUUCACCGAUCUUCCUCCGCCUUGUCUGCACGGGAGGUACCAUAAUCAUUAUUUAAUGAAUGGCGCUUCUGCUUCUGGUGGCAUAAAGUCAGCAUUCUCCUACUGUGUACAACAAGUGCGAAAUUAUGACUACCAUCAUUACCUCUGCCUCCUCGAACUUCCCCCAAGCAUGCGCAAGGCUGCAUUUGCUCUCCGCGCUUUCAACGUCGAAACAGCAAGAGCUAUGGACGUUGCUUCUGAUCCCAAAAUCGGCCUUAUGCGCCUACUUUGGUGGCGAGAAGCCAUAGACAAGAUAUUUGCCCACAAAUUAAUUGAGCAUCCAACAGCUCAGGCCCUUUCAUCAGUAAUAUCAGAGCACAAAACCAGCAAAAGCUGGCUGAAGCGGUCAGUUGAAGCGCGGAUCAACGAUGCACAAAGAGAGGUUAACGAAAUCCCAGAAACCAUUGAAGAUUUGGAAAAAUAUGCGGAGGACACCGUAUCAACGAUCUUGUACAUGACACUUCAAGCAGGGGGUAUCAAAUCCACCGACGCAGAUCAUGCAGCUUCGCAUAUUGGAAAGGCUAGUGGCCUUCUUUUGCUGCUUAAGUCGUUGCCAUACCACGCUAGUCGCAAUCGUCUGUGUUCUUAUAUUCCCUCUAAAGUAGCAGCCAACCAUGGACUUUUGGUUAACCAGGGGGGUCCACUGGAGAUUCGCAUGGACUCUCAUGAGGGAAUGUGUGAUGCCGUUUUUGAGAUGUCAACUACCGCUAAUGCACAUCUCCAGAAGGCCAGGGAAUUAGCUGCAACAGUGCCUAAGGAAGCUCGGGCAGUGCUUUUACCUGCUGUGCCUGCCCAGGUUCUAUUGGAUUCCCUGAAUCGUGUGCAGUUUGAUGUGUUUGAUCCAAGAUUGGCAACAGGGAUUCUGGGUAUUCCUCCUUUGUGGUACCAGUUGAAACUGAAAUGGCAUUCAUUGAGGGGAAAGUACUGAAAGAUGAGUUAUUUUGUUGCCUUUACCAAUUGAAUGGCAAGUUUUCCAUCUUGUGGGAAGCUGGGUUGAGUUUCGAUCGAAUUUUUGCUCGUUCAAAAUUAGGGUAUUUUCCCUAAUGUCCCAAUGGCAAUUUAUACACAACUGUUUUGUUUCUUUUUUCAU